AUAAAGUUAAAACACAAACGUUGUUUUUGGGUUUUUGAUUACGAGAAAAGGCUUAAAACAAACAAACUAAUAAACGUUGUUUUUUAAUCUCUCUCAGGAGAGCUCGCUAGCUCUGGUUGGUUCCAUUUCUGAAGAUUGCUGCAUGGCCGUUUUUCGACUAUUUCACGGCUGAUCAUGCUCUCUUCUCUAUCAGCGACGAUUUAGUCUAGAUUCCCUUCUACUGAACUUGGUCUUGGGACACUUUUGACUGUUGUGGUAAAAAGUUCAGCUAUGGAAUACGGUGGAGGCUCGAAAGUAACCGGGAUUAGGCAGAUUGUGAGACUCAAAGAAAUUCUUCAAAAGUGGCAAAAUGUCACAAUAAGCUCAAAAACUUCCAACCGCAAACUUGAAAUAACUGAUGGUUCUAGAUCACCAAUGAUCAACAAAAGGAUAACAAAUGUCAUAAGUUGUGACUCUGAUGAGGAAAGCUGCCAAAGUCCUGAACCACCACCUGAUGUUCCGAAAGGCUUCUUGGCAGUCUAUGUUGGACCCGAGCUUCGACGGUUCAUUAUUCCAACUAGCUACCUUAGCCAUUCCUUAUUCAAAAUGUUGCUGGAAAAGGCUGCCGAGGAAUUCGGAUUUGAUCAGAGCGGCGGGCUCACAAUACCGUGUGAGAUUGAGACCUUUAAAUAUCUACUCAAAUGCAUUGAGACCCAAGAGAAAGAACAACAUGAUGAGAGCUUGUCUGCAGCUGGAAACCUAGAAACAGAAGAAACCUUGGAAGAGUAAUUAUAGUUUUUAUGAUCUAUGUGGAGGUUCACAUUCAUAGGAUGGCUUCAGGUGUAAAAGUUGCUCUCUAUGUUUCCAUUUUUUUUUGUUUUGGUUUCUUAUGUGAAGAAUGAUAGAAAUAUCAUAGUUAGAAACAAAUUCAAGUUUCUUGCAAGUACUUUGCUUGUGGAGUGAUUAUUAGACUUCCAUGUAUAAGACCUGCAUCUUUAUAUGUUCCCUAGAGUCACAAACAUGCUUUUGUAACUAAAUGCAUUAUUUAUAUGGAACACCUUUGAAUUUUUAAUUAGUCAUU